GAAACUACCUUCUGCGUCGCGUUACAACUUUCAACAAACAUUUGUAUUUGGUACACAUCUGCUUUAAACUAAGUGCUCUCUUCUAGAAGUGUUAGCUGAUUAAAAUGUCUUCAUAAUAAUAUUGCUCAGUCAGAGAUUUGUGCACGAAUAAUGAGUGUAUGCUUUUGUCCAGGGUGACAGAGUGCGAAAGUUUUUUGUAAGACAAAAACUUUAUCAAAAUGCUGUGCCACUUUUUGGUCAUUGUAUCAGUAUUAGUGUCAGUGGCAGGUCACGGUAGAGUGUUAGAGCCACCAUCCAGAGCGUCAAUGUGGCGUUUUGGUUUCCACACUAAGCCGAAUUACGACGAUGACGGACUGAACUGUGGAGGAUUCUAUCGUCAAUAUAAUAUUAAUCAUGGCAAAUGCGGUAUUUGCGGUGAUCCUUACGACAUGAAGAAACCGAGAACUCACGAAAUCGGCGGCGCAUAUGGACAGGGUAUAAUCGUGGCUCAGUUCAGAGCUGGUCAAGUGUUCACAGCAACAGUUGAAAUAACUGCAUUUCACCGCGGAUACUGGUACUUCAAGAUCUGUCCUUAUUCUGAAAGGAGUGACCAAUCAUGUUUCGACAAAUAUCCAGUAGAACUUAAAAAUGGAGGAUUCAAGUAUUAUCCACCGAAAUCAGGAACACAUAAAGUCGAUUAUCGCCUCCCUGAGGGAUUGUUUUGCGAUCAUUGUGUACUUCAAUGGAGAUAUGUUGCUGGUAACAACUGGGGUUCCUGUGGCAACGGGACAGGAGCACUGGGCUGUGGAAACCAGGAAACAUUUGGCGCAUGUUCAGAUAUAUCUAUCAGUGCACCGAAUUAUAUCCAAAAUGGACGAUUUCCGGUCCAUCUGGCGUAUUUAAAUGAUGUUGAUAAGGGUCUGCUUGAUUUACUUCGAAAAAUAACGCCAAGACCCAUCAAAAAGAAAACUGCCGUAACUAAUAAACAUAAGAAAAAUCAUCGAAAACCUAGAAAUAAAGAGACAAAACACUCGAAACGGAAAAAGUUCUGGCAGACUGAGGCGUGAAUCAAAUGUGCCAAUAAAGGACGCUCCACAAACACAUAGUUAUCAUUUUAUUUAA